AUGCGUCUCGAACAAACCAUCGUUGCGGGCGCCAUUGUUGCUGCCUCGAAUGCUGCGGCGAUGCCUCUUCCAGCAACUGAUGUUCAAGAGAGCACUGUUACGUUGAAGGCUAGGAUGCCACAAGACUCUGUGAACUUGGCAAAUAUUCAUCGUGACAAUUCUGAUGAGGUUGCACCCGAGUCCAAAAGUAUUUUUGUCGAAAGAUCUGAUUUGAAAGAUUUCAAGUACGUCUUGCUAAACGCAAUCCUCAGAUUGUGGCUAAUACAAAGUAGGAGGGAGACUCCGAACAAGCCGAUUCCCGGAUGCAUCGUCAUGUAA